UAAUGAUCUUGGCCAGACGAUUGGAUUAGUGGGUGCUCGCGGUCCAACGCAGAAACUCGUCGACAGGCAACCUCAGCACUUGGCCAAGCACUUGCUCGGCCAUUUCGCAUACCGCAUUCAUAAUCGCAGCGCGCACUCGAACACAACAGAAACGGAAUCAUGGAGGACGAUGAGAAAAUGGACAUCAUGCGGAAGGCAUUCCAAAUGUUCGACACCCAAAAGACGGGCUUUAUUGAGACACUGCGACUGAAGACCAUCUUGAACAGCAUGGGUCAGAUGUUCGAGGAGAGCGAGUUGCAGGAUCUGAUCGAUGAGAAUGAUCCCGAGGAUACAGGCAAAGUUAACUUUGAUGGCUUCUGUAAUAUUGCUGCCCAUUUCCUGGAAGAGGAAGAUGCCGAGGCCAUACAAAAAGAGCUGAAGGAGGCUUUUCGUCUAUACGAUCGCGAGGGCAAUGGUUACAUAACAACAUCCACACUCAAAGAGAUUCUCGCCGCUCUCGACGAUAAGCUGUCUUCCAGUGAUCUUGAUGGCAUCAUUGCGGAAAUCGAUACUGAUGGUUCCGGCACCGUUGACUUUGACGAGUUCAUGGAAAUGAUGACGGGUGAUUAAAACAUAUUCCCAGAUAGGCAGAACGAGAGAGAGAGCUGUAAAGAGGCGACGGAGAGAGGCUCGCGGAAAAGAGUGUGUGUAAAAUUUGGCUUUUUUUUUAAUGAUAAUAGUUUUUUUUAUUAUUAUUAAAUAAAUUAACUAAACGCUUUAAAUCAAAC